AUGCCCAAAAAAGAGAAGGUAGUAAAGGAAGAUGUUGUUGUGAAGCAGGAAGAGGACAGCUCUGACUCCGGUGAGAGCCAGGAGGAAUCUAACUGGUGGGAGCAGGAAAACGUCCAGUUUACGUCCAAAGGAGAGAAACGGUGGGACAUGUUGAGCCACAACGGUGUCAUGUUCCCUCCAGAGUACAAGCCCCACGGCAUUCCUAUCUACUACGAGGGACGAGAGUUUAAGUUGACACCAGAUGAGGAGGAGGUGGCGACAAUGUUUGCUGUGAUGCGGGAGCACGAUUAUUAUCGUAAUGAGAUCUUCCGUCGAAAUUUUUUCUCUAGCUGGCGAGAGAUUCUUGACCGGCGCCAGCAUCCAAUUCGCCGGUUAGAGCUGUGUGAUUUUGAACCUAUCUACCAAUGGCAUCUCCGCGAGCGUGAGAAGAAGCUGAGUCGCACAAAGGAGGAAAAGAAACAGCUGAGGCUCGAAGCUGACAAAGAGGCAGAACCGUACAGAUGGUGUGUGUGGGAUGGGAAGAAGGAGCAGGUGGCAAAUUUUCGAGUGGAGCCCCCAGGGCUAUUCCGUGGGCGUGGUCAACAUCCGCUGAUGGGAAAACUAAAGAAACGCGUUCAACCAGAAGAUAUCACCAUUAAUAUAGACGAGUACUCGCCUAUUCCAAAACCCCCUGAGGGACAUCAGUGGAAAGAGGUUUUACAUGAGCAUAACGUCACUUGGCUGGCGAUGUGGCGUGACUCUAUCCUUGGCAACUUUAAGUAUGUGAUGCUUGCCCCUUCGUCAACAAUUAAGGGGCAGUCGGAUAUGAUGAAGUUUGAGAAGGCACGGGAGCUUAAGAAGUACGUUGAUGACAUCCGCCGAUCUUACAUGGAUGACUUUGAAUCAAGGGAUGUGAUGAAAGCGCAACGUGCGGUGGCCAUGUACUUCAUAGACAAGUUGGCGCUUCGUGUUGGUAACGAGAAGGGAUCGGACGAGGCCGAUACGGUGGGAUGCUGUUCGCUUCGUGUGGAGCACAUUCAAUUGAAACCUGGCAAUGUAGUACAGUUUGACUUUCUUGGCAAAGACUCUAUUCGGUACGAGAAUGAGGCUGUGGUACUGCCUCCUGUCUAUGAAUUACUGCGCCGCUUCACCAGAGGGAAGAAGCCGUCUGCUGACAUAUUUGACAUGAUUACACCCACAGCGUUGAAUGAUCACUUAAAAUCGUUUAUGAGCGGCCUGAGUGCAAAGGUGUUCCGUACCUACAAUGCCUCGAUUACGCUAGACCGCUGGUUUAAGGAAAAACCCGUCUCACCGUCAGCUUCGGUGCCAGAUAAACUAGCAUACUUCAACAAGGCCAACACGGAAGUUGCCAUUCUGUGUAACCAUCAAAAAUCCGUCUCAAAGAACCACCGUAACGUGAUGCAUCAACUGACAACAAAGUCGACGUACACGCGCACAAUGAUUGACGCCCUCAAACGUGCCCAAGAGACUACCAACAAAAAGUCAUUGGAGCAGGCUGCGAAGGAGUACUUUGCAGAGAUGGAUGAACUGCAGUAUAAAUGGCUUGAGGCAUACGGAACGGAGGAGCAGAGAAAGGAAUACGAUGAAAUUGUCAAAAACCGGGGCAUGCCGCGAAAACACUCGUCCACGUCCAGAUCGAACGGCUCUAAGUCUGAUGGGAAGAAGAAGAAGAAGAAGGCGAAGAAGAGCAGUAGUGCUAAUGGGGGAAAGAAAAAUGUAAAGAAGACCACGAAAGGCUCCACAAAGCAUAAGGACGGCUCAAAGAACGCAAAGAAGACAGACACCGGUAAGCGUCGGAACAAAGCAAAGAGGCAAGUGGAAUCGGACUCCGAUGACGACAUGGCGCUUGCAGAUAUUGUAACGAAGGUGAACAAAAAUAAGAACAGCAUCACCAAGCGUGAAGGAAAGGGUGGGGUUAAGCGGGACCGCGGUGGGAAGCCCGUAGUAAAGGCGGAGGCAAGCGAUGACGAGGAUGUUCCCCUCAGUGCGCUCUGUUAG